AGAGUGUGGUUUGUGGGCAGGCUGCACGGGCUGCUGUGGGCGAUGGCUGAGUGGGGGAAGCACCUUGCGGGCGUGGAGGGGCUGGUGCUAGACAUCAGCGGGGUGCUUUAUGACAGUGGAGGCGAAGGAGGCGGAGUCCCCAUUCCCGGAUCUAUAGAAGCAGUGAAAAAGAUCAAGACAUCUGGUCUUAAGCUGCGGUUCUGCACCAAUGAAACUCAAGCUACGCGAGACAAGUUUGUAGGAAAGUUGCAGCAUCUGGGCUUUGACAUUGGGGUGAAUGAAGUCACUGCUCCAGCACCAGCAGCAUGCCGAAUCCUGAAGGAACGCAACUUGAGGCCACACCUGCUUGUACAUGAUGAUGUUAUCCCAGAAUUUGCUGAUAUUGAUAGAGCAAACCCAAACUGUGUGGUGGUUGGUGAUGCAGCAGACAACUUUUCUUACAAAAACCUUAAUGCUGCCUUCCAAGUGCUCAUUGGUUUGGAGAAUCCAGUUCUGAUAUCUCUAGGAAGAGGGCGUUAUUAUAAAGAAACAGAUGGCUUAAAACUUGACGUUGGGGCAUAUAUGAAGGCUUUGGAGUAUGCAUGCGAUAUUCAAGCGGAGGUGGUGGGAAAGCCAGCCAAAAUGUUUUUCCAGUCAGCCUUGACAGAAAUGGGCAUUGAACCACACCAGGCCAUCAUGAUUGGGGAUGAUAUUGUAAAUGAUGUUGGAGGUGCCCAGCAUUGCGGUAUGAGAGCUCUACAAGUACGGACUGGAAAGUACAGGCCUUGUGAUGAGCACCACCCAGAAGUGAAGGCUGAUGGUUAUGUGAACAACCUUGCAGAAGCUGUGGAUGUGAUUCUAAAACAACUGCAUAAGUAAUGGAGCUGCAAGGAGUGACUGAAGGCAUAAAGAUGAGUGACUUAACUUGAGGUCUGUGCCCUUUUGUGCACAUCUCUGCUCAGCUCAUUUACAUAUAUUCACCUAGUUUUUAAAUGCAGUAAUUAUGUUGCAGUGAGGAGCACGACAUACAUGCCUCAAAAGUCUAGUUUUUCUAACUUGUCUUUGCAAGUAACUACUGACUACAACGAAAAGUAAUGAAGUCUAGUGCAUCCUUAUAGCAGCCACCCGUCUGAAUCUUUUGUAUCUUCACUGUUUUGGGUACGUCUAACCAUGUCCUAUCACUGAAUAAACAUCUGUGCCACAUACCACUUGGCCUGGA